GCAACAACUAGUCCAUACUGAGUUUUUCGUCCUUUCUCUAUAAAUACCCUUUCAUCUCUAGGGUUUCUCUUCGCAAGCGGAGUGCGGCGGCGAGAGCGAUUCCUCUGCAUUUCCCCCCACCUCCCCAAUCUCUCCGCGGCCAUGGUGAAGUACUCGAGGGAGCCCACAAACCCUACCAAGUCCGCCAAGGCCAUGGGCCGGGACUUGAGGGUUCACUUUAAGAACACUCGUGAGACAGCUUUUGCAAUUAGGAAGCUGCCGCUGGCAAAGGCUAAAAGAUACCUUGAGGAUGUGAUUGCUCACAAGCAAGCAAUUCCCUUCCGCAGGUUCUGUGGAGGCGUUGGCCGGACUGCACAGGCUAAGUCCCGCCACUCAAAUGGGCAAGGCCGCUGGCCUGUCAAGUCUUGCAGGUUCAUUUUGGAUCUGCUCAAGAAUGCUGAAAGCAAUGCGGAGGUGAAGGGUUUGGAUGUUGAUGCUCUCUACAUUUCGCACGUCCAAGUGAAUCAAGCCCAGAAGCAGAGGCGUCGCACCUAUCGUGCUCACGGCCGCAUCAACCCUUACAUGUCUUCUCCGUGCCACAUUGAAUUAAUUUUGUCGGAGAAGGAAGAGCCAGUUAAGAAAGAGCCGGAGUCGCAGAUUGCGCCCAGGAAGACUAAGAACACUGUUGUGUAAGCAGAAUCUCUUCUUGAGUAGAAAUAUCAGUGAUUGUAGUAAAUUUGAGUUGAAAUUUUGCGAUGGCUGCCCACUCAUUUGUUUCAAUGUUAGAUGGACUUAAGGUCACCUUUUACUUAUCAGCUAGUAUUUUAGUGGAAUUUGUCAGCGUUUUAUUGGAUUAUAUUUCUGGUCUGGAAUGUUUCUUGUCUUUUUAGAGAAUUGAAUGAUUAUUGAGGUGUUACUGGAUUUUUUUUUUUUUUCCUAAGCAAGCAUUUUGAUGUUUCA